AUGUACUUUGAGCAUGGUAAGAAGCGGAAAGUUGUUAAAGAAAAUUAUGAGAAACAUGAGACACGUUUGUCACGUGAUAGGGCUAAUAAGAAGCGGAAGGCAGCUGAGAAAACUUUUGAGAAACAUGAGACACGUUUGUUAUGUAAUAGGAAUAGAAAGCAUGAGAUGCAGCAGAAAGUUGAAGAAACUCAUGAGGAACUUGAAGCACGUUUGGUGACUGAAGAGGAGACACAUCAUGCUUGUGCGCGUGAAAAAUAUCAACUAAGAAAAGCUAGAGAAACUCCCAAACAACGUGUUGCAAGAAUCACUCGGUCUAAGUCAAAUGAUUCACAUUUUUCUAGAUAA